AUGUUACCAUUACUUGUUCGUUUACCAACUAUGCGUUUGGGUUCAUCAUUAUCACUUCAAGUGAUGAGACGAUCCCAAUCGAUUGCUGUUAAUUCAAGAGCAGCAAAUCGUCAACAACAAGCACUUAUUCGAGGAGGAAUAGCUAUUGUUGCUAUCGGUGGCGCUGGAUACUUACUUAAUAAAGUUCUUAAUAGUCCAGUUGGUACUGUACCAGGUGCUGUGACACAAUCAAAACAAGUAUCUUUUGCUGAUGCAGUCGAAGCAAAUCGACCCUUUUCUCCUGUUGUUAAAGAACAUUUACGUUCAACUUAUGCACAUUUUGCUGGUGGUCUUGCACUGACAGGAACAUUUGCAUAUAUUUUUCAUCGAAAUGGAUGGUCAACACGAUUGAUGAUGAUGAACAAAUGGGCAUAUAUCGGUGUAACGCUAGUGGGUACUAUUGGUUCUAUGAUUGCAACCCAAGCUAUUGAUGAUCAACAAAAUCCUGGACUUAAAUAUGCAACAUGGACACUAUUUAAUGGUCUUAUGGGUCUUUCAUUAGCACCUAUUUGUUUCAUGCAACCUGCUUUAAUCGCUCGUGCUGCUCUUAUGACCACUGGUAUUGUUGGUUCAAUUAGUGCUGUUGGUAUGACAGCAAGACGUGAACAAUAUUUGUGGAUAGGUGCUCCACUCAUGGCUGGUCUUGGUGCCGUUGUAUGUGCUUCUAUGGGAUCUCUUAUCCUGCCAGUAACUUUUGUUCGUACUUUAUCAGUUUUCGAGAAUGUUUCUCUUUAUGGUGGACUUGUUGUCUUCUCUGGUUUAGUUUUAUGGGAUACUAAAAAGAUUAUUGCACAUGCAGAACAAGCUCAUAGUACAAAACAAUUAUCGCCAAUUAAUGAUGCACUUGGAAUAUAUCUUGAUUUUAUCAAUAUAUUCAUUAGAAUUCUUACAAUUAUGGAGAAGAAUCGAAAAAAAUAG